GAAAAAUUAAUGAUGCUGCGUUUAAUCCCUAGUAUGUACCUGCAAGAAAUCUUACCCACCUGGCAAGUCCUGAGAAAUUAGUGGGCAAGUCUCAGUUCGUCAAUUACUCGCCAACUUCAUUCUAUACUUCAUCCCAGUGCCCAAACUUUGGCUCAGACUUGGUUACAUGACAGUUGGGGGAAGCCAUCUCAAGUUCGUCCAUCGGGUGUACAAAGAGCAAUAAUUAGGCAAACAAUCUUCUUUCCUACUUCCUCCAUUUGCUUGACAAAAUCAGGUUGAAGUUGCCAUGGCUCACUGGUUGAUAUUACUUGCAGUGUUUGGACAUUGCACUUUGAAAGUGAGAUGUGGCGAAGAGCUAAGUGCUUUGCAUCUGGAAGAAGCAGAUCAAGGAGCCGACCUCGGAUCCCACCUCGGUCAACGUCCUCCCUCAGACUCGGUGCCGGCGAAUCCAGCUAACCAGCCCAUCCCGUUGCAACCGGAUGCCGACGCAUUGAAUCAUGCAUUGCCAGCAUCUGGGCCCCACUCAAAUCAAGUCCAACAGGAGGCCAACAUUGUGCUCCCAUCAACAGACAAUUUCCUCGAGGAUUCCACUGCCCAGCUACACGCAAGCCAGGAAGAUUCUCGCGCGAUGACGGCCCUGGAAGCCGACCCAGCGGCCGACCAAGUGCAAGCGGCAAACAACCACCACUUCGUGAUAGAGCAAGAUGGAACCCGGCAAUCCCUGACUGAAAGAGUAAGAACCUUGGGGCGAGAGCUCUCCAGAUUUGGAGUAGAUUUUGGUCGGACUCUGUGGAGAAAUCCGCCCCCACAGACCUUGCUAGGAGCUGCCUUCGCAUACAUCAUGUGUCACCCCGAAACCAGUGGCAGAACCCUCACCAACCUUGGGAAACAAUCAGCUAGAAGCCGCAACGGAAUGGGAACCAACAUCAAUUCAUUGCAGCUUACAAUCUCUGAUGUUUGUUCACAAGAUAGCCCUGUGGUCGUGGUUUUACUACAUAUCUUGUUUCUAGUGUGGCUGUACUAUUUCAUCAAGGAUUUCAACCGAUAUCGACGCCACUAAGACCUCGUGUUUUGGUUUUCUUGUUUCCCUCAUAUUCAAAAUACCCCUUUUUUCCUCAGAAAGAAAUUGACCAACAAUGUGAAAAAAAUGGAGUGCAAUCAUUGACUCUCUUUG